AUGGGCUUCAUCGGUGUCUACAAGGCCAUCUAUGACUACGAGCCCCAGGCCGAGGGCGAGUUGAAGAUAGACGAUGGAGAUCUCCUCUAUGUCCUUGAGAAGAGCAAGGAUGAUGACUGGUGGAAGGCAAAGAAGAAAGCCGGCGGUGAUGAUGACGACGAGCCCGUCGGCCUGAUACCAAGCAAUUACAUUGAAGAGGCACAACCUAUCAGUCAUGCCCGCGCGCUCUACGAGUAUACAAGACAAACCGAUGAAGAGCUCUCUUUCCCGGAUGACGCUAGGCUGGAGGUGUUCGACACUUCAGAUCCUGACUGGAUCUUGGUGGGACUCGAUGGCGACUAUGGUUUCGUACCAUCUAAUUACAUAGAGCUUGGGGACGGCGGUGAUGAUGAUGAGCCAGCCCCGUCGCCAGCGCCACCUAGUCUACCAUCAAGACCUGCUGCACCUGUGGUAGAGGACAUUCCCACUCCACCUCUUCCACCGCGUGGUCCUCCGUCCGAACCGAGCAGCCCUACAGCAACCGGUCCCGCGGCGGCUCUCGCAGGUGUUCUCGCAGGUCGAUCAGUUGCGUCACCACCACCGCCACUGAAUCUGCCGCCUCGUCCGCAAUACACCUCCGAGCCAUCAGAUGAGGAACUUCAAUCACCUCCCUUGCCGUCUCGCACUCGCACAUCGACCAUUCAUUCGACGCUCUCCGACGACCGCCAUGACGACUUCUCACCGCCCGCUCGACGAGAUACCUACGAUGACUAUGAGGCACCGAGCCGGCCGUCCGGACUCGCGCCCGGGGGCUUCCACAUGUACAAUAUCAAUGAGAUGGUAUCUGUGAUGGGGAAGCGCAAGAAGAUGCCCACUACUCUUGGCAUCAACUUGAAGACAGGAACCGUUCUCAUCGCCCCCGAGCGCGCCCAGGAUGGUCCGUCGCAGGAGUGGACGGCUGACAGGAUGACGCAUUACUCCCGAGAAGGAAAGCAUGUCUUUUUGGAGCUUGUCCGGCCUAGCAAGAGUGUAGAUUUCCAUGCUGGCGCGAAGGAUACUGCAGAGGAGAUCGUCAGUGCGCUUGGUGAACUUGCCGGUGCUGCUCGAGCUGAAGGGUUAAGGGAGGUCAUCAUGGCAGGAACAGGCCAGAGUGCACAAAAGAAGGGCCAAAUGUUGUACGAUUUCAUGGCGCAGGGGGAGGACGAGGUUACGGUAGCCAUCGGCGACGAGGUCAUCGUGCUCGACGAUACGAAGAGCGACGAGUGGUGGAUGGUGCGGCGACUCAAGAACGGCAAGGAAGGUGUUGUUCCGAGCAGCUACGUCGAGAUCACCGGCACUCUCCCGACGCCGACUACGUCUUCCGCGCAGGGCAUCAACGCCGGAAAGUCCACGGUCGCUCAGAAUCGACUCGAGGAGGAACGUCUGACAAAGGAAGCCCUCAAGGCAGCUCUUAGAGACGACGAAAAACGGGCAUCAGAGCGGAAGCGCGAGAACGGUCGAUCGGAAAGCGGCAGCCAGUCGAGGUCGAGCAAGUCAAAACCGGAUCCCUCAAAGGUGCGGACGUGGACAGACCGCUCUAAGUCCUUCAGCGUAGAGGCUCAGUUCUUGGGCCUGAAAGAUGGCAAGCUCAACCUGCACAAGAUGAACGGAGUGAAGAUCGCGGUACCCGUUGCAAAGAUGUCUGUUGAGGAUCUUGAGUAUGUCGAGCGGAUGACCGGCAUUUCCCUGGAUGAGGACAAGCCGCUUUCGGAAGUAAAGAAGCAGAGGCAAGCGGCCCUCAGAGAGUCUGGUUCCUCGAGCCAUGCUGGAGCCUCGGUUGAACCGAAAAAGCCUGAUUAUGACUGGUUCCAGUUCUUCCUCUCCUGCGAUGUCAACGUCGGUUUAUGUGAGAGAUAUGCUCAGGCUUUCUCACGAGAUUCCAUGGAUGAGAGUGUUCUGCCCGAUGUGGAUGCUGCGGUUCUUCGCAACCUUGGUCUACGGGAAGGAGAUAUCAUCAAAGUGAUGCGCUUCCUGGACAACAAUAUCUACUGGAAAACCUAG